AUGAAGUACAUCGCAGCAACCUCAGCACUCCUCGCUUCCGCAUUGGCAGCAAAGAUCACUUCACCACCACAAAUCACUCAAUGUCGUAACAUUGCUAUCAAGUGGACCGAAGGUGAAGGUGAUAUCUACAUCACUGUCAUUCCAGCUGGUGAAGUUGCAGCUGAACCACUCGAAGCCUUCCCUAAGCAAAGUGGCUCAACUGGUACCUACAACUGGAAGGUAAACGUACCAGGUGGUCAAAAGAUUUCAUUGGCCGUCAACGACGAAUCUGGUGAUGUCAACUACAGCUCUGAGCUCACCAUCAGAGACUCAGACGACGAUGACUGUCUCGGUAAGGCCGCAGAAAGUGGACCUGCAAACACCGACGACAAGGACAGCAGCGAUGAUAAGGAUGACAGUGAUGACAAGGAUGACAAGACCUCAUCAUCAUCAUCAUCAUCAUCCUCUACCUCAUCAUCUUCAUCCUCUUCAUCAGCUAAGUCAUCACCAACCUCUGGCAGCAACUCUUCAUCAAACAAUGCUGACAGCAGCGCACAAGACGAUGACUCUGGUGCCGUCUCACACGCAGUUGCUGGCUCAAUGGUUGCUGCUGCUUCACUCGUCGGUGCCCUCCUUAUCUAA